AUGUCUUACUUGCACCUAACCCGUACUCGCACCCGCGAGCGUACCCCGGAUCACGACAGCUACUACACCCGUCCCCUCGCACGUCGCGACUCCAACAAACGCCGUCACAGCAUCACACUCUCUGAUCUCGAUGACGCUGAUGAUUACCCAUAUUCUACCAACCAGAAGCCAGCCAAGCUUUCCCGCGCCUUGACAGUCCGCGACCAGCCUUCGCAACUCGAGCGCUACAAUAUCGUCAGGGACAACCGGCACAACCAUAAAGAUGCUGGUGACGACGAUAGACUUCGCAGCUACGAAUCAAGGCGUACUUACAGAUACUCUGACCGCCCCGCUUCUUCAGAGCCUGAAGAUCGUGACUUCCACUUGAGUAUCAACGCCAAAUUUGGCCGGCCGCACUCUUCCUCUCUGCUUUCACCCACGUACGACCCUUUUCACCGCACCGAUAAGUGGUGGGUAAACGAGCGAUGGGAGUCUCGUGAGCGCUCUACUUCACGGGAGCGGAGCCGUACGCGCCGAGAUAGUUUCUGGGGCGAUUCGUUUGAAGAGAAGGAGAGGGAGACCGAAGAGGAAAGGUGGAGGACUUACCACAGAACUGCUGGGAGGGAGGUUGAAAGGGAGAGUAUCAGGCCGUUAAGUGGCUGGAGGAGGAAGAGGAUUGUGAUGGGUGAUGAUUAG